AUGGCCGACCAGGUCGCCACCAAGGACGACACGAUAGUCCGUAAGCGCAAGACUCAUCGCAAGUCUCGCCUGGGCUGCGGCAACUGCAAGAUUCGCGGUGUCAAGUGCGAUGAAUCCAAACCCACCUGUCGCCGCUGCCACGCAUCCGGCUUCACAUGCAACUACUCCCGCACAGCCCCAACCCUCCAGCUCUCCCACUCCAGCGUCCUGAGAUUCGAUCUCUCACCUAUCAGCCAAGCUCCCGUCCCUGCCCUGAAGAUUCCCAUAGUCUUGCCUCUGCAGGGCAGGCUGGGGGAGUACACUCUACGACCACAAGACUAUGCUGCUCUGCAUCGGUUUCAGACGAGGACGGCUGCGUCGUUGGGGACGCUCAGUCAGAGAAAAUGGUAUCCCAAGAUUGUAUCUAACCUCGCAAAGGAACACCCCUUCCUCUUCCACUUCUUCCUCGCCCUCUCCCUCCUCCACGACGCCCACCUCUCCCAAUCCCCCCUCCCGCAAUCCCACCACGCAUCCCUCGCCUUCCACUGGUACCACAGCACCGCCAUCCUCUCCCACUUCCUCUCCCUCCCCUCCCCCGAAACGACACUCUCCUCCUCCCACCGCGAUGCCCUCUGGAUUUGCGCAUCCACCCUCGGCGCAGCCUCCUUCGCCUCCAUCCGCACCCAGGACCCUUCCGCCGCGUGGCCCCUCGCCGACCCGAACCCGGCCGUCGACCUCGACUGGCUGAAGAUGGGACACGGGAAGCGCGCCGUCUGGAACAUUACCGACCCGAAUCGUCCUGAUAGCGUUUUUCACAACCUCCUCCAACAGACCCCCAUGCAGAAUCCCAUCGAUUCCUCCGUCAUUACACCGGACUCGCUCCCUCCGCCCUUUUACAAGCUCUUCAAACUCUCGGCAACGUCCUCCCCGGAGACGAACCCGUACCAUGGUGCCUGUGCCAUCAUCUCCUCCCUUUCGGUCAACCCGAUCAACGACGACACCGUCAUUCUCUUCCUUAGUUUCAUCACCCAAAUAGACCCCUCAUAUAGAAGCCUCAUCGAGGAGAAGGAUCCUCGUGCACUGCUCCUCCUCCUAUAUUGGCACUCCAUGGUCGUGCCAGAGAAACGAUGGUGGCUACGACGACGUUGUAUUGUAGAAGGCAAGGCUAUUUUGAUGUAUCUCGAACGAUAUUGCGCAGAUGAUGACGAUAUCAUGGAGCUGCUGCAAGUGCCAAAGAGAAGACUAGCCAAUUGGAAUUUUAUCAAUACGGGCAUGGUUGAGAAACAAAGAUAG